AUGACCGCCAACGAUAUCCACUUCUUCAAGUUUCUAGUAAACAAUCAAGUAUUCUACAAAACCAAGUUUACCUAUGCUUUAGUUAAUUUAAAGCCUUUGGUGCCUGGUCAUGUAUUGGUGGUCCCACUACGCACAAGUGUACUACGUUUUGGCGAUCUCACACCAGAUGAAUCGAUCGAUUACAUGAAUACGUUGCAAUUGAUACAAAAGUUCAUCAGCAAAACUUAUAAGGCGGAUGCACUCAAUAUUGCCAUUCAGGAUGGACCAGAAGCGGGGCAGCUGGUUCCGCAUCUACAUACACACAUUAUUCCAAGGUACAGGACAGAUGGUUUCGGUGAUUCGAUAUACAGCAAAUUGGAAUCGGAAGACUUGGAAACAGAGUAUAACCAAUUCGAACUUAGAAAAAGGAAAUAUCGUGAUCAUUUGAAGGUUGAAAAGAGUGAAUUGAGUCAAAAUGAUGCUGAUAGAAAAGAACGCACUGAAGCCAGUAUGCAAGAAGAAGCUACCUGGCUAAACAACGAAAUUCAAAAGUUCAUUGCGCAUACAAAAUCUUAG